GCCUGGGGUCGACUGCGCGGCCCGGCUGCGGCUGAGGAGUCCUCAUUUCUUCUUUUCCCAAGUGGGGCGUGGCUCAGUCGGUGUGGACGCCUGGAGCCGGUCCGGUCGCCCCGGUCCUUGCACUAAAGGACGUCCAGUUCACCUUCCCUCUGGGGUGAUGUGCUGGCCAGUCAUAAACUCCAAGCUCCUGAGGGAGCCAGGUCACCGAGUUAAGCCCCCUUUCCCGUUUUCUCUCCCCCGGAGGGCUCUGCGGCAGCCCAGGGCUCCACAUGGUCAGGGCUGGGUACACGAAAUUGGGGGGCAGUUGCUGCUCAGAUUCGAACUCACGAGGAGCUGCCCCAAUGCUAGGCACGGAUUCCGCUACUCAGUGGUGUUCGGGAUCCCUUGCUAGUAGCCUCUCAUCGGGAACUGGGCCAUUCAGACAGAUUAUGAGUCACAAAGCCCGAGGGCCUUGGGGGAUCCCGCGGGGCGGGGUCCGGGCGGCCUCCACCCCGAGGCAAGGUGACGCCCGUGGUCACUUCACAAGGCAGAAAUUGUUACCUGGGCAAUAAAAGGCACCACAGCGGCGGAGGCCCGGGAGUGGGCACAUGGGGGUGCGGGUGUGCAGGUGCCAAUCGCCAUGGGUUAGGCCCAAGAUCGGAGUCCGGCCGCCCCCCGACAGCAGCCGCCUCCUGCUCCCCGCGCACCCCAGGCGCCACCAUGUCGGGCGACAAACUUCUGAGCGAACUCGGCUAUAAGCUGGGCCGCACGAUAGGCGAGGGCAGUUACUCCAAGGUGAAGGUGGCCACGUCCAAGAAGUACAAGGGCACGGUGGCCAUCAAGGUGGUGGACCGGCGCCGAGCGCCGCCCGACUUCGUCAACAAGUUCCUGCCGCGAGAGCUGUCCAUCCUUCGCGGUGUGCGGCACCCGCACAUCGUGCACGUCUUUGAGUUCAUCGAGGUGUGCAACGGGAAGCUGUACAUCGUGAUGGAGGCAGCCGCCACCGACCUGCUGCAGGCUGUGCAGCGCAACGGGCGCAUCCUCGGGGGGCAGGCGCGCGACCUCUUUGCACAGAUCGCCGGCGCCGUGCGCUACCUGCACGACAACCACCUGGUGCACCGCGACCUCAAGUGCGAAAACGUGCUGCUGAGCCCGGACGAACGCCGCGUCAAGCUCACCGACUUUGGCUUCGGGCGCCAGGCACACGGCUACCCCGACCUAAGCACCACCUACUGCGGCUCUGCCGCCUACGCGUCGCCUGAGGUACUCCUGGGCAUCCCCUACGACCCCAAGAAGUACGACAUAUGGAGUCUGGGCGUCGUGCUCUACGUCAUGGUCACCGGGUGCAUGCCCUUCGACGACUCGGACAUCGCGGGCCUGCCCCGGCGACAGAAGCGCGGCGUCCUCUACCCCGACGGCCUCGAGCUGUCCGAGCGCUGCAAGGCCCUGAUCGCCGAGUUGCUGCAGUUCAGCCCGUCGGCCAGGCCCUCAGCGGGUCAGGUAGCGCGCAACGGCUGGCUGCGCUCGGGGGACUCCAGCUAGAAGCCGAGGUUCCCGCCAUUCCCGCGGCCCCGAGCACUGCGCAAGCGCAGCGCACGAGGGAAAGGCGAGCUUCAGGAGUACUGCGAAGCCGCGGCGCGCCACCGCGCACGCCCCCUUCCCCCUCCCCCUGUCCCUCGAUGGCGGGGGCCCGCAGUCGCCUCUGUCUGGAAUCUAGCUCCUACUCCACGAUCCCGAGAGUAGGAGGGCGCAUACGCUUCCUCGAUUCCGCGUGAAAAGGCCCCAAGAGGGGGCGGCACGAGAGGAGAUGGAAGCGUUGCACCUGCGCGGAAUGAGCGAUGGCUGCGCGGCGGGCGAUGGCUUCCCCAGCCAGCCAUGCAAGUCGGUGGGGGACGGCACGCCCCGGACACCCCCUUAGAACUUGCAAUAAACUCGCUCUUUCUCGCACCUGGCUCUAGCGAUGGCUCCCUUUUAGGGAGCAGAGGGGAGGGAAGGUCGCUUCCGCCGAGGAAGGCAGGCGCCCCAUUUUAGAGAAAGGCUUGUUGAGGUUCCUGCUCUAGGUCUCAGAAGGGAGUUGAGAAGAUUCAAAACGGACCUUUUGGGCUCCCCAGCAUGGGCAGACUCGAAGGGGAUUUGGGGUCGUCCCCAGGCUCAUGAUGGUCCUGGCAAUGGAGAUGCUGGGCUGGGGAGCAAGGACCACAGCACCCUUCCUGUGUUUGAGAAUGGAACGGCCGGGGCGUGGGGGCCAUCUUUCUCGACAUAAACUGAGCGUUUACAGAUGACGGAAUUGAGACAUCUUGGGCAAGAUGUCACUUGCCCAAGAACACAGCUAGGGUUUGAACCCAGAUAUGGCUGAAGUAGGGUGGGGAGGUGUGGAAGUUCUCUUUGGUGGGGUCAGAGGGGGAGAGUCGAGGGUAGGGCAUGGGUUGGCUGGGCAAGCUGGUUCAUUCAGUCCUCUGUUCAUUCAUGCAUUUAUCGAGUGCCUGGUGUAUGCCAGGCUCUGGGACUCAGCAAAGAGGCUUGGAUUCAUCCCUGUGCUUAGCGAGGAGGCAAGUGAAAAGUGAAGGAAAAUAAAAUGGUGUAGAAAUAAAAUAAUUGUAAGUUGUGCUAAAUGCCGGGUCGGGGGUA